GUUAAAGAGACAUUGCCUAUAGUUGCAUUUGGGUUAUAGAACUUUCCUUUUGCAAUAGCAAGGUGGCAGCCAGAUUUGCCUAUAGCUGCACUGGGGUUAUGGAGCUUUCCUUUUGCAGUAGUAAGGUGGCAGCCAGAUUCAUCAGACUAAUUAACAAUCCCCAUCUCAGCUGCAAAAACAUGAAGUAACUAUAUGAGUACCAGAUAAAAUACAUGAAAUGCCCUGAAACGUAGUGACAUUUUGAGAAUUGCCAUCGGUUGCCCUUGAGUACCUGUAGUGAGAGCUGGAGCCUUCUGCCCAGCAUAGGCAAAGCUACAGUGCAAGGAACGGGUACACCAGCAUUUUAGUAUCUUAUAAACAGCUUUUCAUUUGGCUGGAUCGUGGUGUCAUAGGGCGAAUCACUGCAGCUGUUUAAAAACAAGUGCCUGUUCAGGGCAGGGAGUGAAGGGUAACAUCUCCAGCUGAGAUGGCGAGGGAUGGAGCCAGGGUAACCAUUAAAAACAAGCUUACUGUUGGCUCCUAUCCCCUAGAGUAGGAGCCUUGCAAACUUGGAAGCUCUAAAAUGUCAGUUCCUGAACAAUGUAUAAAGCAUUGCAUUCAGCAAUGUUUUAGCAAGAGUUUCUGAAUUACUGGUCUGAUACACAUUUCAUAAUGGAAACAGUUAACAGGAGAGUGGUCUGUGUGAGAUGUGCGAAGUAGUUUUCUAUUAUAUUUACAGGCAAGGCCUUCCUAGUGUUAAAACCAUGCUUGGCGUGAUAUUUCAAGAAAUACGUGAGCCAUUCAGGAUUCGCAGGUGGUGUCUUCUUUCUUCUCAAUCAAUACUGCAAAUGGAUUUGUUAAUUAUGACGUGAGUUGGCAGAGUGCCUCCUGUGCACCAAGACAGGCUGGCCACGAAACAGCUGCAGUAGUGAGAGCAUUGCUGGCAGGUCAAGGGGAGUAGUUGUUCCUCUCUGUGAAGCACUUGUGAGGUCACAUUUGGGGAGCCAUGUCCUGUUUUGGCCCCACCAGCACGGGAGAGAUCUUGACUAGAGUCCAGCAGAGGAUCGUGGAGAGGGUAAGACAUUUAGGCGCAUGGAGCACGUGCCAUACCAGCGCAGACGGGAUCACAGACCUUGCUCAGAAGUGCACAGAGCAAGGAUAAGAGGUGGCAGGCACAAAUUGCAACAGAGAAACUUCCAACUGGACAUAAGGAAAAAAAUAGUUUACCGUGAGUACGGUUAGCACAGGAAUUUGGCUCCAGAGAGAUGGGAAUCUCACCCUUGGAGAUUUUCAGGACUGGACAUAACCUUGAACAGCCUGAUCUAGCUUCAAGGGUAGUCCUGUUCUGAGCAAGAGUUGGAUGAGGUGACUUACAGAGAUCACUUCCAACCUGAUUUUUUCCUCCAUUCCUGUCUACUCCAAAUGCCUAGAGCUUUCAUAAUGAAGUGUCUGCCCUGACCCUCAGCUAAAAGCCUCCUUACCAAAACCCUCCAUGAAUUCUCCUAGAAAUUGUAGAGAAAUCUGGCCAAACCAGAUUGGUUUAUGCAGGAUGUGACACCCACAUCUGCCGUCUGCUCCUUGUGCUUAGUAAACUCUCCUGGGGAGAAACUAUGUUCUUGGUCUGUGUUGUGUUUCCCAACAUGAUAAGGUCCUGUUCCACCACGGGGCAUAACAGGCUACAGAAAUACAGGAAGGUUUUAAUUUCUUAGGAAAUACUGCCUGACUCUUCACCUUCUCCCUGGCUGCUCAUGAUCUGUUGCUUUUGAAGUGGUGAGGUCCAAGGGCACUUUUUUCAUCUUCUCUUGAUGGAGGGGUGUUAAACCCUGGUGCAUCCCAGCUGUGCUGCAGCUUCUGGGCUUUGCAGGGAAGACAACAAAGGGGAUUUUCUGCCAUCAUCUGUUCCGAAUUACGGUGGCUUCAGGGAGCUCUUUGGCCAGUUUCCACCACAACCCGCCAGCUCCCAAACCCGUGCAACUGGGAGGUGGGGCCUCGUGGUGGUAGGGGCCAGGGCACGGUGCAUCACUCUCAGAGGACCCGGGUGAAGGGACCGUGCAGCCACCAUCCUCUGCUCCUGCUCUGCUGGGGACGGGCUGCCCCUCGGUGGAUGCAUCACGAUGACAGCGAAGAAGAAUCAAACUGUGCAGAAUGGAAGUGCCAAGGAGAAUGUACUGCAGAGGGUCCUGCAGCUGCCGGUGGUGAGCUCGACCUGCGAAAGCCUCCAGCGGACCUACGCCAGCACCAAGGAGGCCCACCCGCUCGUGGCCUCAGUGUGUGAGGUCUACGAGCGGGGUGUGCAGGGUGCCAGCGCCUUGGCCAUGUGGAGCGUGGAGCCCGUGGUGCGCAGGCUGGAGCCUCAGUUCGCUGUGGCCAACAAUCUGGCUUGCCGGGGCUUGGACCACCUGGAGGAGAAGAUCCCUGCCCUCCAGUACCCAGUUGAUAAGCUCGCAUCUGAACUAAAGGGCACCAUCUCCUCCCCCCUCCAAAGUGCCAAAAGCACCAUUGGCAACUCCAUGGAUAAGAUCAUGGAGCUGGCAGCCGAGGGCUACGAGGUCACCAAGAACACAGUGGAAACGACAGCAAGGUACACGAGGAGGAACUCAGUGAGCCAGAUGGCAGCCGCAGGGGUCGACACGGCCCUGGGAGGGCUGGAGAAGCUGAUGGAGUACCUGCUGCCAGAGGAGGAUGAAGAAGCAGAUCAGAAGCCCAAAGAGACACGUGAGUCAGCAGCAAAGGUCUCCCAGCAGCAGACCAGUGCUCCCAGCACCCUGGGCCGGAUCAGCGCCUUGGUUAGCACCGUCUCCCACCGUGCUUACCAGCAAACCACCCAAAGCCUCCAGCAUGCCAAAGCCAAAGGGCAGGAGCUGGCCACCUGGAUCCCUGUCUUGGGCAGCCUGGCCAAGCCGAGUGUACCUGCAGCGCCGCGGGUCCACGGUGAUGGGCAGAGCACUGCGGGUGGCUGGCUGAGCCAGCGGCAGAGCAAGGUGCCAGAGCAGAAGCAGGAGAAGGUGGGGAAGAAAGAUGACCACACCAAGGAGGCAGGGGACAACCCUGGGCUGGUGGGCAGCGUGGCUCACAACCUGCAAACCGCCUGUGCCUCCGGCAUCUCCAGCGUGAAGAAGGUUCCAGCCGUGGCCUGGGAUGCAGCAGAGGGGUUGAUCCUUUUCACCCCCCGCAGGCUGUCCAAGGCCAUGGAGACAGUGGAUGCUCUCGGGGGGACCCUCGUCAGUGCCCCCAAGCAUCUGCUGGGCACCCUGUACAGCUACGUGCCGCUCCGCAGGCAGUCAGUGAAGGCAGAGGAGCCAGCCGGGGGCAGCAAGCCCAGCCCGGAGACGGAGCAGAAGGAGGAGGACACCAAGCCUGCCCCCCCCUCCGCUGAGGAGAAAUCCCAGCUGAGGGGCGACUGGCGGCUGUACCGUGGCCAUCACCCCCUCUCCUUCCUGGGGCUCGAGGACCCCCUGUUCCUGCGGCACAACCUCUACCGCAGCCCUGCCUUCGAGCCCGAGUGCCCCCUCCCACGGAAAUCUGCCUUUGCCCCCUACAACAGGCGGGUGAGCGAGGGCUCCUACCGCUUCAGCCCCGAGGCCAUGUACAGCCGGGCUUACUACACCAACCUCUACGCUCCUGCCUUCAAGAAGGACUGAACCGGUGGGGAGGACGAUCGCAACCUGGCCCCACUGUAAUCCCCCGCCCUCAGCACGCUUUGCCCAGCCCCCGCCCCCCCCCCCCCCGCCAGCUGCCCGCAUGCACCCCUGUAGCGGGACAGGAGCUCAAAGUGGUAGACAUGCCGUGGGAUGUCAUCUUCUGGAGUGUAUUGGGGCUAGGAUGGGGGAAUAAAGGCAGCCAAAAGCCCUGUCGGUGGAAGGAGAAGGUAGGGGGAGGUGGGACCAGAGGGAUGAAGGAGAUCCGGAAAGCAUUGAGACCAGAAAAGAGAAAAAGGGACCAGCCAGGCCUGGCACUGGGCUACCCUGGUCCCUGUGGAGCAUACGGUGCGGACCUUAGAUGGACUAUAUGUGGAGAACAGCACUGAGACAAAGCAGGGAGGACAGCAAAGCCAUCAUGUUUGCAUCACCACAGCAAGCCUAGUUCCCCAGUGGCAGGGCCCAUCCCUGGCCACAGAAUGUUCUUCUGUGAAGGAGCCAAAGGUCCCCACGGACCAGCAGGACUCAUGGGUAGGAAAGCCCCCUAGGCACCCACACCCAGCUGGUGGUGGGAUGGAUGGUGGGGUCAGGAAGACCAGUGAGAACAGGUGGAGCUCCUGGAGCCCCUCUCUCCCGCAGGACCGCCUCGCUUCCCACAACACCUUGUUGUAUCUGCUGCAAUAAUAAACCUUCCCGAGCUGCUCUGCUCAGCUGCUUUA